AUGCCCAGCUCAUUACAAAAGACGCGCAAGCACAUCGCCAAGAAGAGAAAUGGCGAAGUCAAUGCCUUGCAUGCAAAGUCUAGGGACUCGCUGCGACUACACAAGGCCGGGGUGCGUGACCAGAGACUAGAGAAGCUUGCUGCUGCAAGAAGCAAGAAGGAGCAACCUAUUGUUGAUCGAGUGAAUUUCUUUCGGGAAAGUCUCGCUGAGAAGGAUAAUCAGCCUCUCGAUAUCGAGACGGUACAAUCUUCUAUCAAGAGAUUCAUUCGUCAAUAUGAUGAGGAAUAUGAUGGCCUCAAAAAGGCUCGUCGUCCAGGCAGGCCUGCCAGCGCCCGAGAAGAUUUACUCAAGCUCAAGAUUGCCGCAUUGGAGAAGGAGUACCAGAAUGGAUUUGUAAUUCCGAAUGUCAUGUCUGCCGAGCACGCAAAGAGCUUGGAGAAGUGGGAAGGAUCGUGGGCAUACCUGACCACUCUGCCUUGGAUCAAGGUAUCGAGUGCUGGCCAAGUCAGAUCUGCCGAGUUUCCCUCAAAAGGCAUCAACUGA